AUGUCCACCCUGUCGACAGACCUAGCUUACUUAGUGGCUGAUUCCAUUCUGUACUAUGAUGAGCCCAAGAGGCGGGCAGCCACUAUCAAGCACUGGAUCAAGAUCGCCAACAAGAGCCCGGAGCUGAACAACUAUCCCACACUCAUGGCAAUUAUCUGCUCCUUGAACUCGUCCAUAAUGUCUCGACUCAAACGAACGUGGGGAGCCGUGUCCCAGAAAACUAAGGCUACCUUGGAGCAUCUCUACAGCAUUGUUGAUUUUUCUCGGAACUACGCGGUGCUACGCCAGCAUCUGCAGAAGAAUGUGCCACCAUGUCUGUAUUUCGUCGGCACCUAUCUGACUGAUCUAACAUUUGUCGACCAUGGUAACCAGCCUCUCCACACCCUAUUUAUGGACGACGGCCAAAUGGUUGUAAUCAACUUGGACAAGCACAUAAAGACGACUCGGAUUAUUAGUGAGCUUCAGAGGUUCCAAAACCAUUACUCUCUGACCGAAGUUCCUGAGUUACCCACCUGGAUGCAGAAUGAGCUCGUGCACGUACGAUUCAACGGCGCAGUAACCAGACAGACCUUCUAUCGCCGGUUUCUGGCUUUGGAGCCGAGAGAACCCUCACGCGGCGGCAACGGCGGCAACCUCCAAUCCAGGCCCAAUUUUUCAAUUAUUGAAAAUGCCAAGAACAAGUGGAACUUUCUCUCCUGGAUACACCCGUCCAAUCCGACAUCGGUUGCGACCAAUGGCUAG